GCUCUCUCCUCUCUCGGUGGUUCUCGUGGGAGAGGCGAGGGAGGAGAGGGAGCGUAGGAAGAGAGGAGGAGAGAGAGGGAAGAGUUGGGGAGGAGGAGUUUGGGCGAUUGGAGGAUUGGUCGCAAUCAUGUCGCAGACGAACUGGGAAGCGGAUAAAAUGUUGGAUGUAUACAUCUAUGAUUAUUUUAUGAAGAGAAAUCUGCAGGCAACUGCAAAGGCCUUUCAAGCUGAAGGGAAAGUCUCCUCUGAUCCAGUUGCAAUUGAUGCUCCAGGUGGUUUCCUGUUUGAAUGGUGGUCGGUAUUUUGGGAUAUAUUCAUUGCAAGGACUAAUGAGAAGCAUUCUGAUGUUGCGGCAUCGUAUAUAGAGACUCAACUCAUAAAAGCUAGGGAGCAGCAGCAGCAGCAGCAGCAGCAGCAGCCACCACCACCCCAACAGCAGCAACAGCACCAACACCAAAUUCAAAUGCAACAAAUGUUAUUACAAAGACAUGCACAACAUCAACAACAGCAGCAGCAACAGCAACAGCAACAGCAGCAGCAGCAGCAGCAGCAGCAGCAGCAGCAACAGCAGCAGCAGCAGCAGCAGCAGCAGCAGCAACAACAGCAGCAGCAGCAGCAGCAGCAGCAACAGCAGCAGCAGCAGCAACAACGUAGGGAGGGGGCUCAUCUUCUAAAUGGUACUACCUCUGGGCUUGCUGGCAAUGAUUCCAUAAUGCGGCAAAGCCCUGGUACUGCUAAUGCCUUGGCAACAAAAAUGUAUGAGGAGAGGUUGAAGUUGCCUCAUCAAAGGGAUUCUCUUGAUGAAGCAUCAAUGAAGCUUCAGUUGCAGCAACGAUUCGGUGAAAAUAUGAGCCAGCUGGUAGAUCCGGGCCAUGCAUCAAUGUUAAAAUCAGCUGCAACUGGACAGCCUUCAGGGCAAGUUUUGCAUGGGGCAAGUGGUGGCUUAUCGGGCACUCUGCAGCAGGUUCAGGCCAGAAGCCAGCAACUCCCUGGGCCUGCACAAAGUAUCAAGACUGAGAUUAAUUCAGUUUUGAACCCUAGAACUGGAGGUCCUGAUGGAUCCUUGAUCGGCGUUCCAGGAUCAAAUCAGGCUGGAAACAAUUUGACUUUGAAAGGAUGGCCUCUCACAGGUCUAGACCAGCUCCGUCAAGGAAUUCUACAGCAGCAGAAGAAUUUUAUGCCAUCCCCUCAAGCAUACAAUCAGCUUCAGUUUCUAAGUCCACACCAGCAACAGCUUCUGCUUCAGGCGCAGCAAAAUCUCUCAUCCCCUACAGCUGGAGAUAUUGAUAGCAGAAGAAUGAGAAUUCUUAUGAACAAUAGAAACAUGGUUCUUGGGAAGGAUGGCCAGGCAAACAGUGUUGGUGAUGUCAUUUCAAAUGUUGGAUCUCCUAUGCAGAGUGCUGGGAUGCCUCGUACAGACACAGACAUGCUAAUGAAGAAAAUUGCUCAGUUACAGCAGCAGCAACAGCAACAGCAACAGCAGCAGCAGCAACAGAAUAGCAGUCAACAGCAGCUUCAGCAGCAUGCUAUUUCGAGCCAGCAGUCCCAAAGUUCUAAUCAUCUCCUUCAUCAACAGGAGAAACCUGGCACUGGAAGUGUAACGGUUGAUGGAAGCAUGUCAAACUCUUUUCGAGGAGCUGAUCAGGUCUCAAAGAAUCAAACCGGACGCAAGAGGAAGCAGCCUGUCUCAUCCUCUGGCCCUGCUAAUAGUUCAGGAACUGCAAACACCGCUGGGCCAUCUCCGAGCUCUGCACCCUCAACACCAUCAACGCACACACCGGGAGAUGUUAUGUCCAUGCCACAGUUGCCGCAAAGUGGGGGCUCAUCUAAGCCUUUGAUGGUGUUCACUUCUGAUGGUACGGGAAGUUUAACCUCUCCACCGAACCAGUUGGCUGACAUGGAUCGCUUUGUGGAAGAUGGUUCUUUGGACGACAAUGUAGAAUCUUUUUUAUCUCAUGAUGACGCAGAUCCAAGAGAUACAAUAGGACGCUGCAUGGAUGUCACUAAAGGGUUCACAUUUGCAGAGGUUGGAGCAACCCGAGCAAGUACAAAUAAAGUAAUUUGUUGCCACUUCUCCUCAGAUGGCAAGCUACUUGCUACAGGAGGUCACGAUAAAAAGGCUGUUUUAUGGUAUACAGAGCCUUUGAAGCCAAAGUCUACAUUGGAAGAGCAUUCCUUACUGAUUACUGAUGUUCGAUUUAGCCCAAGCAUGCCCCGUCUUGCUACAUCUUCUUUUGACAAAACUGUCAGGGUCUGGGAUGCUGAGAAUACAGGCUAUUCCCUCCGUACUUUUACAGGCCAUUUUGCUUCCGUUAUGUCUCUGGACUUUCACCCUAAUAAGGAAGACCUGAUUUGUUCCUGUGAUGGCGAUGGAGAAAUACGUUACUGGAGUAUAAAUAAUGGUAGCUGUACAAGAGUUUUUAAGGGUGGCACUACACAAAUGAGAUUUCAACCUCGUCAGGGAAGAUAUCUUGCCGCGGCUGCUGAUUGCUCCAUAUCCAUACUUGAUGCGGAGACUCAGGCUUGCAGGCAGACACUACAGGGGCACACGAAGCAUGUUGAUUCCAUUUGUUGGGAUUUUACUGGCGAGUAUUUGGCUUCCGUCAGUGAAGACUCCGUCAAGGUGUGGUCGGUUGGUUCUGGAAGUGAAGGCGAUUGUGCAUACGAGUUGAGUUCAAAUGGCAACAAGUUCCACUCAUGUGUUUUCCAUCCGAACUAUCCAUCUUUGCUUGUUAUUGGAGGUUACCAGUCUUUGGAACUAUGGGACAUGCCGGAGAACAAGACGAUGACGCUCGCCGCGCACGAAGGCUUGAUAGCGUCCCUAGCGGUGUCGAACACGACAGGAUUGGUCGCUUCCGCAAGCCAUGAUAAGUGGGUCAAACUCUGGAAGUAAACUCGUCCGGAAAUCAACCAUUUUCGGAGCUACAGUUCAGCUCCGGCAUCAGCAUCAGCGUCUCUUCGGUGAAAGAAGAAAAGUGAAGUUCGCAGCCUCAGAUGAUGGGUUCCAGCUAACUUAAAGAUAGGUUUGAGUUGAUUGUGGGAUGAAACUUUACUUGCUGUGUUUAUUUUUUUUCGGUUGCACUUUGCCAUACAUAGCUAAUUAUAUAUUUCUUACAUGCUUUACUGGGCUAACAAGUUUUGUAUAUACUAUGGAGAAAAUAUGGAGAUAGUUAAUAUCCUCUCUCAAAAUCUCUCACAACUUUCAUUGCCUUAUGGUAAAAUAUGCAGAUGAUGGCCCCUGCUAUUCCGAUAUUA